CUGAUGAGCGCAGAGAGGGGAGGACCGGGCACAGCUUGGAGCAUGCAAUAGAUAUCCGAGGGGGCUAACAGGCGGCACCCCUCUCUCCUGGACACCUACAGCACCACCCAUGGAUGCCCUGUGCCCGCUGGCACCCCCUGUGCACUGGAGGAUGCUGUGCGCCGCAGCCCCCCUAUAACAGGGGACAUGUAAUGUGCUGCUGACACUGGGGGGAGGGUCUAUUUAUUUAUUUAUUUUCUGCAUCAUCCAAUAUACGGAAAACUGCAAGAAAUAAUCAUCUCUGUCUGUGUAAUAUACGGAGUAUCUGCCGCCCGGCGCCAGGAUGAAGAAGCAAUUCAACCGGAUGAGGCAGCUGGCCAACCAGACGGUGGGCAGGGCUGAGAAGACAGAGGUGCUGAGUGAAGAUCUACUACAGGUGGAGAAACGUCUGGAGCUGGUUAAACAGGUCACCCACAGCACCCACAAGAAACUGACCGCGUGUUUACAAGGCCAGCAAGGAACCGACACGGAUAAAAGAUCGAAAAAGUUACCUCUUAUAACCUUGGCCCAGUGUCUCAUGGAAGGAUCAGCCGUCUUAGGGGAUGACUCUUUACUUGGGAAGAUGCUGAAGCUGUGCGGGGAAGCAGAGGACAAACUAGCACAGGAGCUCAUCCAUUUCGAGCAGGAGGUCGAGAGAGAUGUGGUGGACCCGCUGUUCGUACUCUCAGAGGUGGAGAUCCCCAAUAUCCAGAAACAGAGGAAACACUUAGCCAAAUUAGUAUUGGACAUGGAUUCUUCUAGAGCAAGGUGGCAGCAAUCUGCUAAGUCGUCCGGGAUCUCCAGCAACCUGCAACCCUCUGGGGCCAAGGCUGAUGCACUCAGGGAAGAGAUGGAAGAGGCGGCAAACCGUGUGGAGAUCUGUAGGGAUCAGCUGUCGGCGGAUAUGUACAGCUUUGUGGCCAAAGAAAUAGACUAUGCAAACUACUUUCAGACGCUAAUAGAAGUGCAGGCCGAGUACCACAGGAAGUCCCUUGCUUUACUGCAAGCCGUCCUGCCGCAGAUCAAGGCUCAGCAGGAGGCCUGGAUUGAAAAGCCAUCAUUCGGAAAGCCCUUAGAUGAACAUUUGACAGUGAGCGGCCGGGAGAUCGCCUUCCCCAUCGAGGCUUGUGUCACCAUGCUCCUGGAGUGUGGAAUGCAGGAGGAGGGCUUGUUCCGAGUGGCCCCAUCUGCCUCCAAGUUAAAGAAGUUGAAAGCCGCCCUGGAUUGCUGUGUGGUGGACGUAGCUGAAUACUCCGCUGACCCCCACGCUAUUGCAGGAGCACUGAAGUCUUACCUCCGAGAGCUUCCUGAACCACUCAUGACCUUUGAGCUUUAUGAGGAAUGGAUCCAAGCUUCCAACAUCCAGGACCAGGACAAGAGGCUGCAGGCUUUGUGGAACGCAUGUGAGAAACUUCCAAAACCCAAUUACAACAACUUCAAGUAUGUGAUCAAGUUUCUGUCCAAGUUAACAGAAUAUCAGGACGCUAACAAGAUGACUCCCAGCAAUAUGGCCAUUGUAUUGGGGCCUAAUCUUCUCUGGCCACAAGCAGAAGGCAAUAUCACUGAAAUGAUGACCACAGUGUCCUUACAGAUUGUAGGGAUCAUUGAGCCUAUAAUCCAACAUGCUGACUGGUUCUUCCCAGGCGAUAUAGAGUUUAAUGUGACGGGGAACUACGGCAGCCCCGUGCACACCAACCACAAUGCCAACUACAGCUCCAUGCCCUCCCCGGAUAUGGAUCACUCAGACCGCAAGCAGCAUGACCAGGCCAGGCGACCGCUCAGCGUGGCGACCGAUAACAUGAUGCUGGAGUUCUACAAGAAGGAUGGCAUGGGCGUCAGGGUGAUGGACACCUCUUGGGUUGCCCGCCGCAGCUCUUCCUUAGUCCGCAAAGGCCCCUCCACCCCGCCCGCCAUUCAACCCCCUGCUCCUCCUCCGCUCGAUACCGCAGCCACACCUCAAUCACCAAAUCCCGACCUGUCUGUAGAGUCUCCCUCCCCCACUCCUCCCAGUAGCGGCUCCCAGCCAGGUCCCGAGAGGACAAGCGGAGAUGAGAUUUCGCCCCAGUGGUCGGAUUCCUGUUACAACUAUCCUUCCCCUGAAGAAGACCGACCCCUCUCGUACCCAAGCUCACAGCACCCUACCCUCCAUCCUCACCCUCCUAAAGCUCCACCAUCUGCCAAGCCUGAUGCCACCUCUACCUUUCGGUGGUCUGGCUACAGCCAAACUUUGCCUCCUUCCCCUCCAAAGCUUGACAUAAACUCGAACCCCAAACCUUGCUUUUUACACCUCACUAAGCAAAGCUCCCUCUCUGAUCCUCACGCUUCUGAGCCUAACGUCUCACCGCUCUACAUCAAAACCCCACUCGUCCUAACCAAACCCGACCCAUCUGGCACCCCUAACCUUCCCGCUAUGUCAGCCUCGCCCCCAUGGCUCAGCUGUUCCUGCGCUCGAGACAAGGGAACCAAGCUGACUAGUACAUUGAAAGGGAAGGAGAUUUCUCCUGUAUCUGGGCCAAAGGGAAGUCCUAGCACUGGUCAUAUGGUGUCCACAGGUGGAAUGGGGCUGAACCAACUAUCAACAGAGCAAAGUCCUCAUUCUCUUAGGAAAGUGUCUAAGAAACUAGCACCUGUUCCACCCAAAAUCACGUACACUCAGACAGGGGCAGUGUCAGAUCAGUCAACGGGUCAACCUUCUCCCGUCAGUCUUUCCCCAACCCCUCCUAGCACACCAUCACCCUAUGGACUCAACUACCAAGUUUCUCUCGCUUUGACGCCGAGCCUGGCGUCUCCGCCUCCAGUGACCAGCACUUUAACAAAAUCCCGUCCUACUCCUAAACCAAGACAGAGACCCUCACUUCCCCCUCCACAGCCUCCCACGAGUCAGUCUGCUUCCAGUCCUCAGUCUUCAGACAACAGUAUCUUAGAUGGCCUGUCUCCUGGAGAUAGCAUGUCUACAGAUAUCAUCCAUUUUGACAUUCCAUCUAUUCUAAUUGAAAUCGAUACUGCCUUGAAACGUGAUGCCAUGAAAGAGGAACAGCAGAGGCGCUCGGCCGAAGGCAGGACGGAAUCGGAUGAGGACUCGGAGAGCACGGCCCUCUGACGCUAAGCUCAAUCUGUGCCCACCACGAUCUACAGCCAAACUUGUGCCAAUCUGUAAAUGAGCCCGGUGUGCAGUUAACAGGGGGUGCCUUGGGAUAUUUUUUUCCUUUUUUCAUAGGCCUUACUAGAAUAGGGCUUUAAUUUUCCCUCUAAAAGUAAAAAAAAAGAUUUCUGGAAAAUAUUUUUUUAAAUUGCCCAUUUAUUUUAAAUGCCCCUGUUGAAGCCCUAAUACAUAUGAUAUCCUUGAGACCUCUAAGCAAGGGGUGAAAAUAAAUUGUGGCCGAUCCCAAAUCCUUAAGAAUGCUAUGUUCCUUAUCAAUGCUGCAGUGUAAAGCUGUGAUCCUAUAUUGCCUUGAUUAUGUACCAUGUGAAGAGUGAUUUUACUUUUUGUAAUCGAGAUAUUUUUGGUUAUGCAGCUUUUCAUAGCAUUUGGUGGACUUGAGGUAUCCAAAAAUUUUCAAAAGCUCCUAGAAAUAUGGUUACAGAAGAUUCAACUUGAGAACAUUUCACCUACUUGUUUCAACCCCAUAUAAUAAUACACUAAAAUAGAAGCCAAACUGAAAACUUCUGUCCCUCUAGAAUUAAGCUGUUGACCCGUUGUCCAUAGCCUGAUAGCGCCGGGCAUGCAACAUUUUUCUGUCCAGCUUCAAAACAGAUGCCCCGGAUGAGAUCAACGAUCCCAUAUAGGAUCAGUUCUGGCCUCAGUUUCGCUCUUGCGUUUCAGUACUGUAACACAUGGCAGGGUAUAUACGACCCUGGCCUUAAAUUUCCAAUAUAAGUCAAUAAUACGGACAGAGUUUAAAAAGUACCGUAAGUUAAUUUUUUACAUUUUGAAAUAUAGAUUUAUGGAUGUAAUGGAGUUUUGUUACUUUUAGAAGGGUGUACUAUUUUGUUAAUUUAAUAAUUGUGUUUAUUUUAGUGUGUGUAUGUCUUUUAUUUUUAAGUAUGGACUAAGUUCAAAAGUAACUUUUAUUUUCCUUUUUUUUUGUUUUUGUUUUUUACAUUUUUUCUCAUUUGAGGGGGAAAAAAAUCCCCAAAACUUCUGGAGUUUAUUGAAUUUCAUUUUUCAUUUGACACUUAAAAAAUUUAAAAAUUGACUACACUUUUUAAACAGUUUCUCCGUUAGUUACGAGAGUCAACCAUAGUGCCAAAAUAUUUAUUUGUUACUAUAAUUAUCUGAAUUUAUUAAUUAAAUAUCCCCCCCACCACCAAUUGUUUUUCUUAUUUUAAUUGCAGUAUGAUUUAAAAAAAAUUUUUUAAUUAUUCUUGAUUAGAAACAUCCCUAACAGCAUUCAUAGAUUUUUUAUUUUAUUUUAGUUUUUCACAAUGGGAUAACUUUGGCUCACUCUUUGAACCACAUUUAUAUUAUAUGUGAAAAAAAUAUGCUGCCUGUACAUUUUUUUGAAAAUGACAGAUUACCUAAAAAAAAUAUACUUAAUAUAAAUACAAUCACCUACGUCAUAUUGGAAGGUUUUUAUGGCCUGUGGAUGGGAUUAGUUGAAAAAAAAUAUUUUCUAAAAAAAUACUAUAUUAUAGAUAUCUAUGGAGAAAUUGCUAUAUGAUUUUUUUAUUUUUAUUUUGCUUGUGUAUGCGUGAGUGUAUGAGGUCAGGUGUUAAUGGUCUGCUAUAGGAGAGAGGAAAAUAAGCAUACGGCAUUGAGUCAUGUAUAUAUGUAUUUGUUAUCUAUAGAAGAUCCUAAUGUAUAAUUGUAAAAAAAAGUAAAAUGCUGCUCCGUCGGGCUGUAUUUUCCAAAAAAUAUCUGUAAAUAAUAGAAAAGGAAUUCCUCGUCCUGUCUCUCAUCUCCAGUUUUAUAUCUAUUUUUCCUGUUACACUGAAAUGUUUACAUUUUAUCUUAAGCAAUGGUUGAACAAUCUAUAGAAAACCCAUUGUGUUUUAUUUUACUUUAUUUUUUAUUUUUUUGUGAACAACAAACUUGCCAAAAACCUGGUCAGAUUUUGAAGUCUCUUCGAACAAAUUGUGAAUUUGCCUAUUUGAACAAAUAUCUGAUAAAAUAAUUCAGACAAUUUCACGUUGUGAAUUCCCCCUCUACUGUCCCCUCGUCGGCCAAAGUGCCCCAUCCUAAACCUGGACUUAUGGGAAGAGUGAAUCAAAAACUAGUGUAGACAUUUUCCCCGAUCCUCAAAAAUGUGUGUUCAAUAUUCGUGUGAAAUCUAUGAAGACUAUAAUGAAAAAAAUCCACAAUGUUGGUGAAUUUGGAGGGCUCAAACAAACUUUAGUUUUUUUCCUUUUUGAAAUAAAAUAUUUUACCGCCCUGUGUGUGUGUUACCGUUGGAGGUUCUUAUGCACAAUUUUCACCCUAGUGGCACCAUGUUAUCCAUGUAAAAUGUUAUUGUUGUACAGUACUACCAACCAUGUAUGCAACACGUCAACGGAACACCCAGGACUGCACUGCUGAAAAUACAAUAUGGCGUCACCUUUUUAGUAUUUCGGCGUGUACAGUCUGUGGAUUUCACCUGAAGGCGAUACCCUCCAUGUUGUGUCUGAACAUGUGAUAAUCCUGCCAAUUACUAUAUUGUAUCUGUGCGUACCCAUCUGUGGUAACACCAACAGGCCCUAAACCAUCGCUCCUCCCCUUCCCUCCGAGAGCGAAUGCUCUAAAGUUGUCUUUUUUAUAUAUAAAAGAAAAAAUAAAAUACCUAUAAA